AAAUACAGAAUACUAUUGCACUUCAGCCGCUAUUGCCUUACUAUGGCGGACGGUAGCCGACGCCGAGGGAUUAAAGCGAUGUCGUAUAGAUUCUGAAAUCAUUCGCUUACAGCUUACUGUUGCUACUAGGAUCUGGCUUCGAUUCAAUUCAAACGACGGAGUUUCAGAAAAGCGUCACCCGCUGCCCUUUCUGUAUUCGCGCAGAGAGAACCAAAUAUUUAUCGAUCGAUUUAUAGAAGAAGCAGCAGAAGCAGGAGGAGCAAUGUCGGGGUUCGGAAAGCAGUCAGGACCACAAGGACCGACGUCAUCACAAACAUCGCGUUUUGGGAACUUUGCUCGCCUUCCUUCCCCUUCUCCUCUUCCUCCUCAAUCAACUCCCUUUCCCCAUUCUAGCCCCGUGCGAGCUUCUAGGGGUCCUGUAGCUACAGAGAGAGUGCUGUCACCGCCAUUGUCUUAUGAAACCUCCAGUCUUGCAGCUAGUGCUUCCCAGUCUGCUGGAAUUCCUAGUAGGAGACCUGAAGGUCUUGAAAGAGUGCGCUCACCUCCUUUGUCCUUUGAAAGCACCCAUCCUGUUGCAUAUCCAUAUUUUGGAGCCCGCAGGCCAGCUUUGUUGCCUUCUCAAUGGGUUAAUGAUCAGAGUUCUUUUUCCAAGGAUGAUGACCAGACAAAUCUGCGGCCUUCUGCAGUCACUUCAUUUGUUGCUUCACGGAAUUCUGGAACUAGUGUCACAGCUAAGAUUUCUAGAUUUCCUGAGUUAAAGAGGACCAGAUCACCUCCUUCACAAGCUUCUGAUGAAGAUAUUUCUAGAAAUUCCAGACAAACUUUCUUUCAAAGGCCUGCUUUAUCUCCAUCUGCAUGGGAUAAUCAGCACAAGUUGGUGAAUAAUUAUCCCAAUCUAUUGGCUCAUCAAGACCAAUCCCUAGUCUCUCCAUUUGUAGGCUCUCAUGGUUCUGCAAGAAGUUUUAUGAAUGAUGUUGUAGAUGUCCAUGUGCCAAAGCAAACUAGGUCACCACCUAUAUCACCUGCAAAUGGAGUUUUCCAGAAGGAAUCUAGAAGGUCCUCCACAUCUCCUCCUAGUUUGGGUGCUAGGUCAAAUGUUCUUUCCAGUACAUCUGAUUCUCAAAUUCCUCAAAGAACCUCUCCAACUGCAAACAUUGUUGCUGUUGAUGCUGCUCCCACCAGGACCACCAACUACUCUGUUGCAAAAAGAACAAGGUCACCUCCAUUGCCUGCUCCUGAUAAAGCAUUUCAGGGAAACUCUUAUUCCUAUCAAGAUGGUGCUGAACGAGAGAUUCAAGCCAAGGCAAAGCGAUUAGCUCGCUUUAAGGAAGAAUUAAGUGAAAGUUUUGAAAAUAGACCAGAUAUUGCUGAAAAAAAGGUUUCCGCAAGUGGACGUGAGCAGUCUAUAGUGGAAAGGCAAAAAUUAGUUGGAAGUCACUCCAUGGAAUCAGCAGGGGAUUUCUCCAAUGGCAUUAUUUCUUCUGAUUGUGAUGGCUUAGAAAGCUCCACUGUUAUUAUUGGGUUGUGUCCAGAUAUGUGCCCUGAGUCAGAAAGGGGUGAACGAGAAAGGAAAGGGGAUCUUGACCAGUAUGAACGCUUGGAUGGCGAUAGAAAUCAAACAAACAAAUUUAUUGCUGUUAAGAAGUAUAAUAGAACAGCAGAAAGGGAAGCAAGUCUUAUACGUCCGAUGCCUGUCCUGCAGAAGACUAUUGAUUAUCUGCUCAAUUUGCUAGAUCAGCCUUACGAUGAUAGGUUUCUAGGCAUAUAUAAUUUCUUGUGGGAUAGGAUGAGAGCAAUCCGAAUGGAUCUGCGGAUGCAGCACAUUUUCAACCAGGAGGCAAUAACCAUGUUGGAGCAAAUGAUACGGCUUCAUAUAAUUGCUAUGCACGAGUUGUGUGAAUACACGAAAGGAGAGGGUUUUUCUGAGGGAUUUGAUGCACACCUAAAUAUUGAACAGAUGAACAAGACUUCAGUCGAACUGUUUCAAAUGUAUGAUGACCACAGGAAGAAAGGAAUUAAUGUUCCAACAGAACAAGAAUUUCGUGGUUAUUAUGCGCUUCUGAAACUAGACAAGCAUCCUGGAUAUAAAGUUGAACCUGCAGAGCUGUCUCUGGAUCUUGCAAAGAUGUCUCCAGAGAUAAGGCAAACCCCGGAAGUGCUAUUUGCUCGUGAUGUAGCAAGGGCCUGUAGAACUGGUAAUUUUGUUGCCUUCUUUCGACUUGCAAGAAAGGCAAGAUACCUUCAAUCAUGCUUAAUGCAUGCCCACUUUGCAAAGUUACGAACUCAGGCACUUGCUUCUUUGCACUGUGGUCUACAAAAUAAUCAGGGUCUCCCUGUUGCCCAGGUUGCCAAUUGGCUUGCAAUGGAGGAAGAAGACAUUGAAAGCCUUUUAGAACAUCAUGGGUUUCUUAUAAAGGAAUUUGAAGAGCCAUAUAUGGUAAAGGAAGGCCCAUAUCUCAAUGGUGACCAGGACUACCCUACCAAGCGUUCAAAGCUAGUUCAUCUGAAAAUUUCUAGAAGGAUGGUUGAUGAUGUGUCACCUAUUUCUCAAGUGGUAUCCUUAACUGCCCAAGCAUCCAAAGAAAUUCAGCUGCCAACAGUCCACAAGCAUGACAAGAAAGCUGUUGCUUCUACUUUUGUGGAGAGGAAGAGUUUAAUCCAUGAAGUUGAUGAAGAAAUGCCUGAUUCUGAAGUUGUUUCAUCUCCAAAAGUUGGUACACUAUUGGAGCCAAUAAUUGAUAAGUCAAAAGUUGGUCAACAAAGUCAAGAAGAUCGGGUGGAAGGUGCCUACUUCUCUAAAUGGGGCUUCUCUUCGGUCCAUAAUCCCCCUGUAUCUCUGCCAGCUAAAUUUAAUGAGGUAGAGAAACCCAAUGGUGAUAUCCUUUCCAGCGUCUCUGCUGAGAAGAAUAUGCUAUCAGGCAUGGAAGGUGUGCCACUGCAAGUUGUGUCAAGAACCUCUUUGCAGGAGAGAUCCCCAAGUGCUAAAUAUGGUUAUGCUGUGGAAGAUAAGGUCCCUGUGUUUUCUAAUGACACAAAGGAUGAAGAACCUCCUGAUAUAUAUGAAGAAAAGGAAAAUGAUGAAGCUAUGGAAAAUUACAAUGAUGAAGAAGUUGCUCAGGCAAAGCUCAAGCUGAUCAUCAGAUUAUGGAGGCGGCGUGCUUCAAAACAAAGGGAAUUGCGUGAGCAAAAGCAGAUAGUAGCAAAUGCUGCACUGAGUUCAUUGUCAUUGGGACCACCAAUUCGAAAGGCUAAAGAUCAACUGAGCACUGCUGGUGAGUUUGAUAUUGAGCAUGUUAUGAGGAAGAGAUAUGAAAAACAUAAACAAUCAUGGUCAAGCCUCAAUGUUUCUGAUGUCGUUGCGGAUACACUUGGCAAAAGAAAUCCUGCUGUUAGAUGCCUAUGCUGGAAAAUUGUUUUGUAUUCUCAGAUAAACAAUCAAGCAGAAAAAGUGGUGGCAGUGGGCCCAUGGUUGCUUUCAAAGAUCAUGCCUUCUAAAAAUGAUGAUGAUGAUGAUCUGCUAAUUUCAUCUUCUGGCAUGUCAAUAUGGAAAAAAUGGGUUCCCAGCCUAUCUGUUAGUGACCUGACCUGUUGCUUAUCAGUUGUUAGGGAUGCUAAAUUUGGUAAUUUGAAUGAGACAAUAGAUGGUGCAAGUGCGAUUUUGUACGUUGUAUCUGAGAGCAUCCCAUGGAACGUGCAGAAAGCCCAGUUUCAGAACCUGCUCAUGUCAAUACCUUCUGAUUCCGGCUUGCCCCUCCUGGUCUUAUGUGGCUCUUAUAAUAAAGAGGUUCAAGAUCCUUCCUCCACUAUAGUCAGUGAAUUAGGUCUCCAUGACAUUGAAAAAUCACGGAUAAGUAGCUUUCUGGUUGUUUUUCUUGCUGGAGAUAAAGAGAAGGAAUACUCCGAUGGUUUUUUCAGUGAUGAAAAAUUAAGGGAAGGACUACAGUGGCUGGCUAGUGAAUCACCCAUACAACCUGAUAUUCACUGCAUAAAGACUCGUGAACUGAUUCUAACCCGCUUGAAUCCCUCGCUGGGUGUCCUUGAAAGGAGGAGUGAUCAUGAAUUAGAUCCAAAUCACUGUAUUUCAGCCUUCAAUGAAUCCUUGGAUUGGUCUCUGGGGGAAAUUUCUGCUGCUGCCAAAUCAAACCCCAUCAGUUGGCCUUGUCCUGAGAUUUCUUUGCUACAGGAUUCCUGUGAUGAGCAUAUAGUGGUGAAGUGGUACUUGCCAAGCAUAGGGUGGAGCUCAGCAGCAAGAAUUGAACCACUUAUGUCCGCGCUAAGGGAAUGUAAACUCCCUGCUUUUCCCGACGAUAUAUCCUGGUCUGGUGUAGGUGCUAAAUCAGUUGAAGAGAUUGAGAACCUGAGAUCACAACUUGAGAAUUGCUUGAUCCGAUACAUGACUCAAUCAAGUGGAAUGAUGACAUUUAACUUAGCAAUAAAAGAGGCACAGGUAAUGCUGCAAAAAAGUGCUCGACUUGAGCUCCAUGACUCGUGCUACUAUAUUAUUCCAAAGUGGAUCUCAGUUUUCAGACGGAUCUUUAAUUGGCGGUUGACAAGUUUAUCCAAUGGUGCAGUCUCUUCCGCCUAUAUUUUAAGGCAUCAUCAUGUUGAUCCGACUCCACUUAUUAUUGAUGAGUUUGUGCCAGAAGGAAAUGUAGCUAUGCCUUACAUAAAUCAACCCUCUUUAGAUGAAAUAAUUGUUGGCUGUACUCCAUUUCUACCAAUAAGGGGUCAGCCACAGCUGGAAGCUUUUCAACCUCUGCAAGGGACAGUCUCAAACGGUGGGGUUUGGGGGGCUGUUAGAACAAAUGACUUGACGGAGAAUGAAAGGACUUCUGCACAGUUUUUUGUCACAGAUAAUAUUGAUCAUGUAACCAGGGGACUAAACACUGCCGGUGCUGAAGCGACGGGUGCUGGCAAAACUGCUAAAGAAGCUGACAAAUUAAGUAAGUUGUUGGAACAGUGUAACAUAUUGCAAAAUUCCAUAGAGGAGAAACUUUACAUUUAUUUCUGAGAAUGUAGGAACGAGUUUGUUCUUUGUAUAUAUCCUCAAUUCGAGAGGAGAGGUGGCCAACUCUACUAUUGUAGUGAUGUACUCUCAUAAAAGGAAAUAGUAAGAGCUCCAUUUUGUUUUAGCAAA